CGUCUCGUCUAACCGCAGGGAGACUAAGCAGGCAGUAGCUAUGGCUGCACCCGGGCCAGAGGGUCUGUCUCCUGCGGCCGCCCCAGAUUUGGAUUGGUAUGAGAAGUCGGAAGAAACUCACGCUCCUCAAGUAGAGCCUGAGACCGUCAUCACGUCAGUUCAGGAACCUUCGGAGCCCUUUCGCCCAAGAGACUUGGUGCCGGUGGUGUUCCCCGGGCCCGUGAGCCAGGAAGGCUGCUGUCAGUUUACUUGUGAACUUCUAAAGCAUGUCAUGUACCAACGCCAACAGCUACCUCUGCCCUAUGAACAGCUCAAGCACUUCUACCGAAAAUCUCCUCCCCAGUCAGAGGACAGUGCAAGGAAGAAACCUCGGCUCACCGCAGAGGUGAACAGCAGGAAGUGUCAGCAGGCUCUGGCGGAACUGGAGAGUGUCCUUAGUCACCUAGAGGACUUCUUUGCCCGAACACUAGUCCCAAGAGUGUUGAUCCUUCUUGGAGGCAAUGCCCUGAGCCCCAAGGAAUUCUAUGAACUUGACUUGUCCAGACUAGUCCCCUUCAGCGUGGACCAGAGCCUGAACACAGCUGCCUGUUUGCGUCGUCUCUUCCGAGCGAUCUUCAUGGCCGAUGCCUUUAGUGAGCUGCAGGCUCCUCCACUCAUGGGUACCAUUGUCAUGGUGCAGGGGCACCGUGACUGUGGAGAAGAUUGGUUUCUACCCAAGCUCAACUACCGAGUGCCCAGCCGGGGCCACAAACUGACUGUGACGCUGUCCUGUGGGAGACCUUCGGUCCCAGCCAUUGCCUCCGAGGAUUAUGUUUGGUUCCAGGCACCAGUGACACUUAAAGGUUUCCACGAGUGACUGAACGAGGACAAGGGCUGAAUUCUCCCUGUGCUACCAAGGCACCCAUCUCUUGUUUGGAAUUGAAGCUGCUUCCUGGUGAGGGAGGAAGGCUCUGCCCUGGCAGUAUGCCGCCUCUCCCCAGACUGCCUGGUGACUGAUGGUACAGUGGCCAUCGCUGUGGUACUCAUCAUCAACGAUGGACUCCCAGAGGCCUCUAUCUGAGAUUAGAAAGCAUGGAGGAGGACGUUCUUUGCUCUAUGCUGACUGCAGAACCUUGGUUACCAGGAUCAUUAUGUAGGUGUGACUCAGGCAUUAAAUAUGAAGUGACUAGAGUCGUAUUAAAUUUUCCUAACACUUUUGACUUAGACUUUUUGCCCUUGGGACUUAAGGGUUUUUGUUGUUUGUUUUUAAAAAGUCCUGUGUAUCCUAGGUUGGCUUCGAAUGUGCUGUGUGCAGGAGAGAAUAACCUUGACCGUCUGAGUGUUGGCAUCCUGGGCAUCCAUUCAAAACACGGUUACCUGGAGCUUCUGCUGCUGGUCAGUCCACCAGAGGGUGCUGCUGUAUGCAGGCUCAUGACGUCACCUGAUGAUGACCUUAGCCUGUACCGUGUGCCCAGCGCCAGGGGCUGAGUGGGGGAAGGCCCUGCAGCCUCUCUGGCUGUUCUCAAGUCUCAGUGGUUCAGGUAAUUUGGAUUAAUUCUGCUCUUCAGAUCUGAGAAACAAAUUCAGAGGAAGGGGACCAAGAGAAUAGGCUGAAAACAGAAAAGCAAGAGGCUCUUCCUAGAGCCAGAUGGAACUGGGGCUCAGGCUCCCGAGAUUGUCCCUGGAUUUUGAGGGGUUUUCUCCCCGUGUUCCUGUUCCUUCCGGAGCUUUUGUCCAGCCUUGUCUCUACAGCUUGAUGGCUGCUGACACUGCUCUUGGCAAAAAUGGCCCUUCUGUCCCUCCUGGCUGCCAGUAGAGUCAGGACAGACUGGAAGCCCACCAGGAUGUCAUCCUGCAUUCAGGCCAUUUACAGUCAGUCCAGUUUGCUUUCCUAUAUUCCACUUCCUAGAAUGAGCACACAGCAGAUGCUCUUUGAGUCCCACAUUUUAGGGCCAACGUGUGGCCUUUAGUGCCCAUGUGACACUGCUUC